AUGGAUCUUAACUGCAGCGCAUUGUUUUACAUUCGUGAAGCAACCAUUGGAUGUAUAUUAGUGCAUGAAGGCUACAGCCCUACAUUAGCUAUACACGAUAUUGCAUUACUGGAGUUAUCAACAAUUCUGGAAUUCAAUGAAUAUGUGAAAGCAGUAAUAUUACCAACAAUGUAUCAAAAUGUUGAGGAAGCUUCCAAUGUAGAGUUAAUCGGCUGGGGUCUAAAUGAGACAUUCGGUACAUUGCAAAGUAUAUUGCAAAAAGUUGAACUGGAGUUGGUAACAUUAGCAAAUUGUCGUCGGGAAUUAAACGCAUUCUUACAGGAAUCAAAUCUUUGUGCUGCUGAUGUUGGUCAAAAGAAAGGACAGUGCAGCGGUGAUUCAGGUGGACCCUUACUAUAUAACCACAAUAUACAAAUAGGUAUAGUUUCAUGGAGUCUUAAACCUUGUGCCAUGAAACCAGGAGUAUUCACAAGUGUUAAAAAUUAUUUAUCAUGGAUUUAUGAGACAAUUAAUUGA